GCGAUGCCCUUCAGAUAUUAGCCCAAGAUGUAUAUGGUGGCAUGGCCAAUUAUACAUCUGUGUUCAAGAAAGUAAUAAAACAACAGUUGGGUUAUUGCGUAGUUGAUGUGGACGCUGAUUGGAAUGGGGCAUUCAAUUUCAGCAAAGAUCUUACCUUUUUGACCAUCUGUGCCCAGCAAAUGAAAGGAGAUAUUACACAACGAAUGUGCACAGAAGCAGAAAUACUAGCUUAUGGCCAAAGUUUUGGUGGUGGGAAGUCAAGAUCCAUCGUCUUGAAGCCCAAUAUAAAUUGUAAUUUGAGCUCAUGGGUUAAUGGUUGUGAACCCGGAUGGGGUUGUAAAGCUAAUCAGAAAGUAGACAUUGACAGUCCCAAGAAAGAUAUUCCUAUUAGAUCUGUAGAUUGCCUACCUUGUUGUGAAGGGUUCUUUUGCCCUCGUGGUCUCACUUGCAUGAUACCUUGCCCAUUGGGGUCUUAUUGUCCUCUUGGAAACCUCAAUAAGACUAGUGGAGUAUGUGAACCAUAUCGUUAUCAGCUACCUCCUGGAAAGCCUAACCAUACUUGUGGUGGGGCAGAUAUCUGGGCAGAUAUUCAGAGUAGCAGUGAGGUAUUCUGCUCACCAGGGUCGUUUUGUCCCUCUACAAUUGUAAAAAAUCCUUGCAAUAAAGGGUAUUAUUGCAGAACAGGUUCUACUUCUCCAGAGCGAAAUCUGUACAAUGUGAAUGCAGGGUGUUUCAAAUUGGCAACUUGUGAGCCUAAUUCAGCGAAUCAAAAUAUUACUGCAUAUGGUGUCUUGAUUUUUGCUGGCUUGUGUUUUUUGCUUAUUAUCAUAUACAAUUGUUCUGAUCAAGUUCUUGCAACUCGAGAAAGAAGACAAGCAAGUACAAGAGAGAGGGCUGUUCAAAGUGUGAGAGAAACCCAAGCCCGUGAAAAAUGGAAAUCUGCGAAAGAUAUUGCUAAAAAGCAUGCAGUGGGACUACAAUCGCAACUAUCACGUACAUUUUCACGCAAAACUUCAAAGAAGCCAGAGUUGAAAGGUUUUGGUUCUAAACAUUCAGAUUCUGCUAUUCCACCUAAAGGCAAGAAAAAGGAUAAAAACAAUCUCUCAAAAAUACUAAAUGAUAUUGAGCAAAACCCUGAUAAUCCAGAGGGGUUUAAUGUUGAGAUAGGAGAUAAAAAUGUGAAAAAGCAAGCACCAAGGGGCAAACAAUUACAUACUCAAAGUCAAAUUUUCAAGUAUGCAUAUGGUCAGAUUGAAAAAGAAAAGGCUUUAGCAGAACAAAACAAAAACUUAACCUUUUCUGGAGUAAUUUCAAUGGCUAGUGAUAUUGAGAUCAGGAAGAGACCUACUAUUGAAGUUGCUUUUAAAGAUUUAACCCUCACUUUGAAAGGGAAAAACAAACAUUUAUUGAGAUGUGUAACCGGUAAACUAUAUCCUGGUAGAGUUUCAGCUGUCAUGGGCCCAUCUGGGGCUGGCAAAACAACAUUUCUUUCUGCUUUAACUGGAAAAGCAACUGGAUGUCACACGACUGGGCAAGUUCAUGUAAAUGGUCAGGAAUCUUCUAUCAGGUCAUACAAGAAAAUCAUUGGGUUUGUGCCACAAGAUGAUAUUGUGCAUGGAAAUUUGACAGUGGAGGAGAAUUUAUGGUUCAGUGCUAGAUGCAGACUCCCUGCCGAUCUACCAAAAGAAGAAAAGGUGUUAGUGGUUGAAAGAGUCAUUGAGUCAUUAGGUCUACAGGCAAUACGAGAUUCUUUAGUCGGAACAGUGGAGAAACGAGGAAUCUCUGGAGGUCAAAGGAAAAGAGUAAACGUUGGAUUGGAAAUGGUCAUGGAACCUUCCCUUCUAAUUUUGGAUGAACCCACAUCUGGUUUGGAUAGCUCAUCUUCUCAAUUGCUUCUAAGAGCACUUAGACGUGAAGCUCUUGAAGGUGUGAACAUAUGUAUGGUCCUUCACCAACCGAGUUACACCUUGUUCAAGAUGUUUGACGAUUUUAUACUACUUGCAAAAGGAGGUCUUACAGUGUAUCAUGGACCAGUGAACAAAGUGGAAGAGUAUUUCUCAAGCAUGGGCAUCAAUGUCCCUGACCGUGUCAACCCUCCAGAUUACUUCAUUGACAUUUUAGAAGGAAUAGUAAAAUUAAGCCCAAGCUUAGGAGUGACCUAUAAACAACUACCUGUGAGAUGGAUGCUUCACAAUGGGUACCCCGUGCCCAUGGAUAUGCUACAGAGUGUUGAAGGAAUGUCCGCCCCAAGUGGUGAAGGCUCAUCAAGUGGAGCAGCAACUGGUGGAGAAGAACAAGCACCCUCUUUUGCUGGAGAACUUUGGCAGGAUGUAAAGUGCAAUGUUGAGAUGAAGAAGGAUAUCCUUCACAUUAACUUCUUAGCUUCACAUGAUCUGUCCAAUCGGGUUACACCAGGAGUGUUCAACCAAUACAAGUACUUUCUUGGAAGAGUGGGUAAGCAAAGACUAAGAGAAGCUAGAACACAGGCUGUGGAUUUCUUGAUUUUGCUACUAGCUGGCCUUUGCUUAGGUACACUUGCCAAAGUGAGUGAUGAGUCAUUUGGAGCAACUGGUUACACAUACACUGUGAUAGCAGUAUCACUCCUUUCUAAGAUUGCGGCUUUGAGAUCAUUCUCAUUGGAUAAGUUGCACUAUUGGCGGGAAAGUUCUUCAGGCAUGAGCAGUUUGGCUUACUUUCUAUCAAAGGAUACUGUUGACCAUUUUAGCACAAUUAUCAAGCCACUAGUUUACCUUUCCAUGUUCUAUUUCUUCAACAAUCCAAGAUCAUCAGUCGUAGAUAACUAUAUUGUUCUACUAUGUUUAGUCUAUUGUGUCACUGGCAUAGCUUAUGUGUUAGCAAUCUUCUUACAGCCAGGUCCAGCCCAACUGUGGUCAGCUUUACUUCCAGUAGUUUUGACUCUUGUAGCAACCUAUCAAAACGAAGAUGAUAGCAAAUAUGUUAAAUAUCUGUCAGAUUUGUGCUACACCAAGUGGGCUCUUGAAGCAUUUGUAAUAUCAAAUGCUAAAAGAUAUGCUGGAGUUUGGUUAAUAAGUCGAUGUGGUGCUCUUUAUUCUUCUGGGUAUGAUCUUAAACAUUGGUAUCAAUGCUUAGGCCUUCUUAUCGUGAUGGGAAUAAUUAGUCGCAUGCUGGCAUUCUUCUGCAUGAUAACCUUCCAAAAGAAAUAAUUUCAACAGUUCCAAUCCCUCUAGUUUCAUCUUGGGCGAAUUAAAGAUGUUUUGUCCACAACAUUGAUUGGUGUCCGACAACUAUGUAAAGUAGUAACAUCAGAUGAAAAAGUUUGAUAGAGCUAGUUUGAUAAGUCUUAGGUGUGGAUAACAUUGCGUUGUUCUUGCUAUUGAGCAAGUUGUGCAUAAAGACUAAGCUUCAACAGUUUUGAGUUUAACAUUAUCAUUCAUGACUCCAUCACUCUGUUAGUGGUGACAUUAUCAAUUAAUUUGUAUAGCUUUUUAUUGUUCUAUCUUUCAAGUACAGUUUCCUGAAUUGUUGGUG